ACAUUACUUAUAUUUAUACCGGUCUCUAGCAAACACACUCAUAUGUCCGCAAGUUUAAAAUAGAUCAAAGAAUAAUUACUGAGAAUAAUGGCCAAAUUAAGUUUUCGAUGUUUUAUUGCGAUAUUAUUUUGUGUCCACUGGUUUGGUACACCUGGUUCUGCUCUUGACUGUAACUUAGCGCAAAAGGAGACUUGUAAUGAGUGCAUCAAAUGUGGUGGAAUUUGGUGCAAGGAUCCUUACGAGACGCGUAAAUGUGUACCUUUGACUGGUGGAGGGGACGAUUGGUGUCCAAACCACAUGGAAACCACCCACGCGGAUCUAAACUCUUUAGACGGCAAGGUGUUCAGGCCCCAGUAUGAGGAGGUGCUGGCUCAUGUCGACUCUGGGAAAGUUACUACACUGAAAAUAAAUGGAGAUACUACGGUGAAGAGUAGCAGAAAUGUAUAUCAUAACAUUUUAAACACAACGCAAUUCGACAAAUCGAAAGUUCACGUAAUGAUCCAUAAAUAUCCUACUAAAAUUGAAGUGACAACUAAAAUCAGCCCAGGCUUUUGCUCGCCGUCAUCGCAAAAAAUCGAGUAUGUUUUCGUGGAGGUUGGUAUGCCGGGUGUGGGGGAGAAGGCUAUGUUGAAGUAUGUGGUGCCUUGUGGUUGUGGGUGCUCUGAGGAGGUAGAGACCGGGGCUCGGGCUUGUCAUGGAUUUGGAAGCCUUGUCUGCGGCACGUGUCAGUGUGACGAAGACAGACAUGGCAAGUUUUGUCAAUGCGGUCCGGUGUCUUCGUCAUGUGCUGCUCCCUCGCGUAUUACACCUCGAUGCUCAGGCAAUGGGUACUGUGACGACGAGUGCAACAAAUGCCAGUGCUUCACCGACAAAGAGGGAUCUCAGUAUUUCGACCAACAAGAUAACUGCAAGGACCUCGGCGCAACAGUCAGCGACUUCCUUGACUGCCAGAAAAAUAAACAAUUUUGUUUAUCCUGUGACCGCAAUGUAUUUUUCCGCAAAUGGAAUGAAACUUUGCUGUAUGAACUGUAUGAUGGUACUAGGAAAUCUUGGGUCGAUCUGGGGUCCAAAUUGCCGGGAUAUUUCGGUUCUGUGAUUGAUUCUACUAUUCACGUUAUGCGAAAGCCAGAGUGCUAAAUUAUAGAUUGAUCCGCCAGAGCUAGCAUUAAUAAGUCAAUCCACCAAUUAUGCCAAUCAAUGAGCACACACCCUAAGUACAGUCUGU